AUGGAAUUUAAUGACAGUUAUAAUGUAUUAUCUGAUUUAAACAAAAAUAAUUGUAUCAAUUUAUUAAGAAAAUCUGAUCCCAUAAAUAAGGGAAUAAAAGGUAGUAAAAGAGAAGCAGCAGUUUUAGUUCCUAUGUGUGUAAUUAAUAAUGAAUUAUCAUUAUUAUAUAUAGUCAGGGCUUUAAGUCUAAAUUUGAAUGGAGGUGAAGUUGCGUUUCCUGGUGGCAUUAGGGAAGAAUCUGAUGGAUCUUUAAAAGAAACAGCUUUAAGAGAAACAUAUGAAGAAAUUGGCUUACCACCACAAACUGUUGAUAUAUGGGAACGAGGACCACAAAUAUAUAGAAGACAUUUAGUAAUUACACCAUAUUUGGGUUUCGUUAAAGACUUAAAUCUUGUUAGCUUACAAAUAAAUUCAAAUGAAGUUUCUGUGAUUUUUACAGCUACCCUGAAGGAAUUAUGUGAUUCAAAAAAUUUUCGUACAACACAGUUUCGUUGGGGUAAAACACAUGUGUAUAAAACUCCAGUGUAUUUAGGAACUACGAAAAGAAUUUGGGGCUUAACAGCUGUGAUAACACAUAUGAUAUUAUCAGCAUUAGUUCCUGAUGUUUAUAAAAAAAAUAUAAAAUAUGAGUCUGGUUUCUCUAAAAUUUUAGGGAUAAAAAAAUUAAAUAAAAGAUAA